AUGGCCUCGGAGUUUCCGGGUUUAAUGAGCCAAAAACCGAGCUUGGGGGGUAUCCUCUCUUCUACGGCUGGCAUCCGCGUGUCUCCUCUCCAACUAGGAGCAAUGUCGAUUGGUAAUGCGUGGUGUAGCUUUAUGGGCUCGACAGAUAAAGAGCAAUCUUUUAAGCUUCUUGAUUAUUUCUUUGAAGCCGGCGGCAACUUUAUUGACACUGCAAAUUGCUACCAAGAUGAUGAAUCCGAGACAUGGAUCGGCGAGUGGAUGUCGGCACGACAAAAUCGUGACCAGGUGGUUAUUGCUACGAAAUAUACUACCGAUUAUAAGUCAUAUGCUCUUGGCAAAGGGAGGACACCGAAUUCCUCUGGCAAUUCGCGACGAAGUAUGCACAUGAGUGUCCGCGAUUCACUCCUCAAGCUGCAAACCGAUUGGAUCGAUAUCCUCUACGUCCAUUGGUGGGACUUUACCUCCUCCAUCAAAGAAAUCAUGGAUAGCCUGCACAUUCUCGUUGAGCAAGGCAAAGUCCUCUAUUUAGGAGUGUCGGACACCCCUGCCUGGAUCGUCAGUGCGGCCAACGAGUAUGCGGCUGCGUUUGGCAAGACGCCGUUUAGCAUUUAUCAGGGCCGUUGGAAUAUUUUGUUGCGUGACUUUGAAAGGGAAAUUAUUCCAAUGGCCCGUCACUACGGAAUGGCUCUUGCACCAUGGGAUGUUCUUGGCGGAGGCAAGUUCCAAACGAGGAAGGCUUUGGAAGAGCGUGCGAAAAGGGGUGAAGGACUACGCUCUACACGCGACAAUGAGCAAAGUGAAGACGAGAGGAAAUUCAGCGAGGCGCUGGAGAAGGUUGCCAGAGAACAUGGCAUCGAGUCCAUCACGGCAAUUGCUCUCGCUUAUGUACGAGCAAAAGCGACCCGUGUGUUUCCUAUGGCUUUAAGCAUCAAGCUGUCGCAGGAGCAGGUAGAUUACCUGGAAAGCGUGAAGCCCUUCGAAAUUGGAUUCCCCAACAACUUCGUCGGGCCCGAUCCUCAUGUCACGGGUCAUUUCACAGGGCUCGCUGCAGCAAGCGCAGCUCUUGCGGUUGAACAAUCACCCAAACCAACGGGCCUUGCAUGA